AACUUUAUAGCCAGCCGUAGCAAUCACAAAGAUUACAUACCAUUUUCAUCUUUCAGUGUUUUUUAAUUUAUAUGAUUUGUUACGUCAUUUUCUUUAGUUGAUCAGUUUAUUUCGUAUUCCUCUAAAAAACGCAAAAAUUAUCGAGAAAGAAAAAAUGGAAUUUUCAUCGCCGGCACAACGUCGUCUUGAAACCGUUCGAUCUCACCUGGAUUCUUCUCCGGCCGACGACCAAACAUCUCUCUUCCUCAACGCCACCGCCUCUGCUUCACCUUUCUUAAACGAGGAUAGCUAUAGUGUGGUGCUUCCAGAGAAGCUGGAUACUGGAAAAUGGAAUGUCUACAGAUCUGCAAAGUCGCCUACGAAGCUCAUUAGCAGGUUCCAGGAUCAUCCGGAAAUCGGGACUUUACAUGACAAUUUUGUACAUGCUGUUGAAACAUAUCCUGAUAACAAGUAUCUGGGUACACGAGUUCGGCUUGAUGGAACCGUUGGAGAGUACACAUGGAUGACAUAUGCAGAAACAGCUUCUGAACGACAAGCCAUUGGUUCAGGACUCUUGUUUCAUGGAAUUAGCCAUGGAGCUUGCGUUGGACUCUAUUUUAUUAACAGACCAGAGUGGUUGAUUGCGGAUCAUGCUUGUGCAGCAUAUUCAUUUAUCUCCGUCCCUUUGUACGAUACACUUGGUCCAGAUGCUGUAAAGUUUGCUGUGAAUCAUGCUACUCUGCAGGCUAUAUUUUGUGUACCACAAACCUUAAAUACUUUGCUAAGCUUCCUAGCCGAAAUCCCAUCCAUACGCCUUAUUGUGGUGGUGGGAGGAGCGGACGAGCAUUUGCCGUCACUUCCUCAAGGAACUGGAGUCAAAAUUGUAUCAUACCAAAAGCUAUUGAGUCAGGGUCGAAGUAGCUUACAUCCAUUUUACCCUCCAAAGCCCGAAGACAUUGCAACCAUAUGCUACACAAGUGGAACCACAGGAACACCAAAGGGUGCUGUGUUGACUCAUGGAAACUUGAUCGCAAAUGUCGCUGGUUCCAGUGUGGCAAUAGAUUUCUUACCUUCAGAUAUUUACAUAUCAUAUCUUCCGUUAGCACACAUAUAUGAACGUGCAAAUCAGAUUUUGGCGGUGUAUGGUGGUGUUGCUAUCGGGUUUUAUCAGGGGGAUGUCUUGAAGCUGAUGAAUGAUUUUGCUGUGUUAAGGCCAACAGUAUUCUGUAGUGUCCCUCGCUUAUAUAAUCGAAUAUAUGAUGGAAUUACAAGUGCCGUGAAUUCAUCUGGGGUUAUGAAAAAAAGGCUUUUCGAAAUUGCCUAUAACUCAAAGAAGAAAGCGAUCGUAAAUGGGCGUAAUCCGUCUGCACUUUGGGAUAAACUGGUCUUCAACAAAAUUAAAGAAAAGCUUGGUGGACGUGUUCGCUUUAUGGGGUCUGGUGCUUCUCCACUGUCACCUGAUGUCAUGGAUUUCUUGAGAGUAUGCUUUGGAUGUUCGGUGCGUGAAGGGUAUGGUAUGACCGAGACUUCUUGUGUCAUAAGCUCUAUGGAUGAAGGUGACACAUUAUCUGGCCAUGUCGGAUCCCCUAAUCCAGCGUGUGAGGUAAAACUCGUGGAUGUUCCCGAAAUGAAUUACACAUCAGAUGAUCAACCAUACCCACGUGGUGAAAUCUGUGUAAGAGGGCCAAUCAUCUUCAAAGGCUACUACAAGGAUGAAGAACAAACGAAAGAAAUUAUUGAUGAGGAUAGCUGGCUACACACAGGAGAUAUCGGGCUGUGGUUACCUGGUGGUCGGCUCAAGAUCAUCGACAGGAAGAAGAACAUAUUUAAGUUGGCGCAAGGAGAAUAUAUAGCACCAGAGAAGAUCGAAAAUGUUUAUACCAAAUGUAGAUUUGUUUCGCAGUGUUUCAUACACGGAGAUAGCUUCAAUUCUUCUCUAGUAGCUAUUGUUUCAGUUGACCUAGAUGUUAUGAAAGAGUGGGCUGCAUCAGAAGGCAUUAAGUAUGAGCAUCUAGGGCAGCUCUGUAACGAUCCAAAAGCACGAAAGGCUGUUCUUGCCGAGAUGGAUGGUGUUGGAAAAGAAGCUCAGUUGAGAGGAUUUGAGUUUGCAAAGGCUGUGACUUUGGUACCAGAGCCAUUCACUUUAGAGAAUGGACUUCUGACACCAACAUUCAAGAUAAAGAGACCUCAAGCAAAAGCUUACUUUGCAGACGCCAUAUCCAAAAUGUAUGCGGAAAUCGCAGCCUUGGACCCCAUGCCUUCUAAACUGUAAAGAUAAACAUUUCUUAGAAGUGUUUCUUUUAGUUUUAUUUUUGCAUUACAGAGGUGGUUAUAGAACUGUAAAAGAUGGGAUUAGAGGUAGAUUUGAUGAUGCGAAAAAAAAACAGGAUCGUGCUGUAAUUUCAUCUAUACCGCCUUUCAUAAUAAAACAAGCAGACUAUGCUGCUCCACUAAAUCAAUCAGUGGAGGUCCGUACAGUUUGGUUUA